AUGCCUACAACCCACGUCGAACCCACCUCGGAAGCACUGCUUCAGGACAUCGCCAAUGCCCUCUACAAGGCCAGGAAGGUCGUGGUCAUCACAGGCGCUGGAAUCAGCACCAACUCGGGCAUUCCCGACUUUCGAUCAGAGAAUGGUCUUUACUCCUUGAUCCAAGCCCAGUUCGAUGCCGCCGCCGAGGCCAAGCAGAACACACAUGCUUCCCAAGAACCCGAGACGUCCGACCGACCGGCGAAGCGACUUAGAUUCGACCCUCAAGAGACCAACGGGAAGGACGUGAGCGACAACAUCAAUGUCGCAACUACCACACCCGAGGACACGGAGAAAGACUCAGAUACCAGCACAGUAGACGACGGCAGGGACAAUUCUACCCAAAUUACCACUCCCCCGUCCAAGGUCGCCGGCAACGAUGGACAGUCCUCAGAAAGACCUCCCAAUUUCCGAACCCUCGACUUUUCUCACCUGCGCGACGACCGCGGACUAUGCUCCUCUCCGUUGUCCUCGCCACCUCCGGUUCUACUCGAUCCUUACCGCGACAGCGUCUCAUCCGACUCCGACAGCGAAGAUCCCUCGUCCGUAUCCACACCUCUCCUUACGUCCCAAUCGUCGUUCUCGUCUAAAAACACCCUACCAAAUAUGAAGGGCAAGGAUCUCUUCGACGCCCAGAUCUGGUCUUGUCCUGUUAAGACCUCCGUUUUCUACACCUUCGCGACCACCCUGCGCCAAAAGGUCCGCUCCGCCGAGCCAACAACCAGUCACCAAUUUGUCAGUGUCCUCCGUGACAGCAGAAAAUUGGUCCGUUGCUAUACCCAAAACAUCGACCAACUCGAGGAACGCGUCGGUCUAGCUACCUCUCUCGACCUCGGUGCUGGUAGCCGUUACCGCUUUUCGACGCGAAAGCCUGCGGGUGCCCGGCCCAAGGACGCCGCAGAUCAAGGUGGAAGCCAAGAGGAGGAUCAGCCUUCGUCCAGCCAAGGACAAAAGGAGAAUGACGGCCCACCCGCGAGCCAGCCACCGGCAUCCCAGGCCGAUGCUCCGAAUCGCGGCGUUGAAUGUGUCUUUUUACACGGAUCCCUAGCCGAGCUUCGGUGUUUUGUAUGCGCCCGCACUGCGUCCUGGGACGAAGCUGAAAGGCAAGUGGAUACUUUAGCCGGUCGGCAGCCGGAGUGCCCUCAUUGCGCUGGUGCCACAGCUGCCAGAGAAGAACGGGGUAAACGAGCUCUAGGAGUAGGCAAGCUCCGUCCGGAUAUCGUUCUGUACGGUGAAGAGCAUCCACAUGCUCACCUGAUUAGUCCUCUGGUGCAGCACGACCUUUCUCUCGGACCGGAUAUGCUUCUCAUUCUUGGCACCAGCAUGCGCGUUCACGGGCUGAAGGUCUUGGUGAAGGAAUUUGCCAAGGCCGUGCAUGACAAGGGAGGGAAGGUGGUGUUCGUCAACUUCACUAAGCCUCCUGAGAGUGUAUGGUCGGAUGUUCUCGAUUUCUGGGUGCAAUGGGAUUGCGACGCCUGGGUAGGAGACCUCCAGAACAGGAAACCUGCGCUGUGGUUACCGCCUGGUACGGUCCUCCCGGAGGAAGAGAAGACCAAGGCUAGUAAGGCGACGCGCAGGAUUAGUGGUAGUGGUGGUGGGGAGACUGGCAAGAAGAAGGUUGAAAAGGCCGACAAGACAGCUGACAAGGUCGACAAGGACAAAUCCGAGAAGAGCGAUAAGUCAGUUGAGAAGACCGCCGACAACAGCGAGAAGGCUGCCGAAAAGGACAAGGCCGAGAAGGAGAAGGCUGAAGAGCAAAAGAAGGCUGAAAAGACCGACAAGCCACCAACAUCAAGCAGGAGGAGAAGGGAAAGCGACAACAAGGGCCUAAAAGCACUGGUCGAGGCAGCUAGCACCGUUCAGGAUCAGUUCGCUAUCGAGGCCCUAAGCGCCUUGAAGAAGCACAAAGUUACUCCGGAGGAGAUGGGUUACCAUCAACACUUGGUGGAAACAGCCGAGACAAAGAUGAUGCCGCCCCCGUUACCUGUUUUGAAGGCACUUGCCAGACGACCAACGAAACCCCCGAGGGAACACAAACUCAACCCCGAUGCGAAACGACCGGCGUCUGUACGUGAUCAUAAGAACAAUGCGGCACACCUGGUCUGGAGAAUUAUGGGUUCUCUGGAAGUCAUCAGGAAUUUGGAUAGUGAUGCCGAGAGGCUGGCGCCUGUGCCUGUGGCUGUUCCUGUUCCGGUUCAUGUUGAAGCGGCUGUUAAGGACAAGCCGAAGGCCAAGAGGAGGAAGUUCACUGCCAACCCGCUGGAGUCAACGUCCCUCCGUGAGAACGAUAAGCCAAAAACGACAGGUAGGAAGAAGCCCCAGCCUCAGCCUAAGCGGAAUAUCCAGCCACCGGUAAUGGCCAGUGAUACUGGUCGCAAUACUCCAGGCGACGAAACCGAGGCAGACGUCGAGGCAGAUUCCAUCACCGCAGCAGUUAAGACCCGCAAGCGAAAACGGAAUGUCACAUGGAAAAUGAUCCGGGGUGUCGAGACCCGCGUCUCGCUCGAUGAGAAGGGGACAGAAGUUGCUCUCCCACCGCCACAUCACCCUCAUGCUACCGCCAUCCCGGUCAACAUCCCCUUCAAGGCACCUCAACCGUCGCACUCCAAGACUCCUCAACUUCCUCAGCCUCCGGUACCACAAGAAACACAAAUUUUACCACCAGCAACGAUACCAAAGAACCGAGCGCUACCGAAACCGAAACCGCAAGCUGCUCGUAACCGAACCAACAGCGGCGCCAGUAUCCCGCCACAUACGGCGAUACACACGACCGCCAUCUUCACCCCCAAACCCCUUGCCAAUCUCGCCCCCGUCGAAGUUGUCGAUAAGUUCGAUGCCGGCUUCGAGGAGACUGAUCGUCUCAUCGCCAUGUACCACGAGCUUGCUUCCGGUACGCAGUCGCGCGCCUCCACUCGCGCUUCUAGUCCUCAGCCAUCGCAAAACAAGAGCGCCAACGAACACCAGCUGCCGCCGCUGAACAUGAGGAACCUCAACAACGCCCGGACUACUGUCCCAAGUAGAGGUUCAACAACCAGUAAGGGGGCCAGGAAGAGAGCCAAGACUGGACCUGCCAAUGGCUUGCUUAAGCUGCAAGUGCUGGAGCCCAAGUUCGAUACACCCGGACCGUUGUCAGAGAAUGUGUUGAGUCCCAAUGUUGGUAGCCCGCCGAUCGGGUUUAACGGACCGAGAGGUAGGAUGGGCUCGGUUCAUCAGCAGCAGGGACAUAACGACCAGGAGAAUCAGCCGCCGGGUCAGGAACAAGGACAGCAGCCGGUGGACCAGUGCCGACAGCAGCAACAACAACAGGUUCCACCAAACAGCCAGCCGCAGAGCAGUGGCCGCAACCCCUUCUUUUACUCAGAUCCUCUCGCGUCGCAGCUAAGUUUCCCUCCUAGGUGGGGAGAUCAACAGCAACAAGCACUACAGUCUCAGUCUCAGUACCAGCAACCCAUGCCCCCAGCGGACUAUCCCAAUAGGUAUUGGAGUACCCCCGCCCUCGACUUGUUUUUCCGGCCAUGCAUGGAUAAUAUGAAGCAACACUCGGCCUCCCGGGAACAGGAACAUCCACAGGAGCAGGAACCUGAGCAGGAACCGGAGCAAGCACAGGGUAUGGGCCUAGGCAUCCAAGAAGCCACCCCCGUUACCGCCCCCGCGUCAGAAGCCCAAACCGAAGCAGAAGUAGGCGACCCCUGGAGCGAUGCCGCACGCCGCGUCCGCCAACUCUUGCCCAUGGGAGGCGACCUCGGAGCAGCAGCUCUCGCUCAGCUAGCCGUUCAAGGCGCCGCGGUACCACGGGCAUUGCCAUUUUCGACGGGACUACCGGCUAGAGGCGUUCCAGAGAGGUUUUCUACCCCGUUCCAAGCUUGGCAGCAGCAAAGGCUGGAGGAGAUUCGCCAGCAGGGACCUCCUGAGUAUCUUGCAGGUCAGCAACAGCAGGCUGUGGGAGCCGUGGCAACCGGUGCUGCAUCUACUGGGACGGCUCUGGGGCAGCCGCCGGGUUGGUCGCCUGAGGAACAAAUGAGGCAGGAGGCAGCUAUGAUGUUGAGUUCCAUGAGAGGAAGCGCUUAG